UUGUCGAGUAAUCUCAGUCUCCCUUCACUUAUUUUUUUUAUUCCUUUGCGAAUAUACAGAAAUCUCUCUCAGAUCUGCUGCGUGCGUUAAGUUUUUUAAUUAACAGGUUCACGGAUAAGCUUCCUUCGGCAAACUUUUAGGUUUUCUUUUUUUUGUGCACAACCUACCUGAGUUGUGUUCCGUCUCUGCACGCCUUCACUCCUCUCCACCAUGGAUUUGGUUUGGAUUGUGGGCUUCGUUGGGAGCGUCUGCGCCUGGUUUGCUUCAGCGGAGCGGCACAGUGUCUACUGGAACAGCACAAACCCAAAGUUUCAGCGGGUCGACUAUGCUGUGGAGGUGAAGCUUAAUGACUACCUGGACAUCGUCUGCCCCCAUUACCCGCAGGGUGAGGUGCCAUCGAUGGAUGCUGAGCGAUACGUGCUCUACAUGGUGGAGCGGGAGGACUACGACAACUGCAAGCCGCAGUCGUAUGACCAGAUGCGCUGGGAGUGCAGUCAUCCAUUUGCCCCUCACGCACCUGAGAAGUUCUCUGAAAAAUUCCAGCGUUUUACUCCUUUCACCCUGGGAAAGGAGUUUCGCCAAGGAGAGAGCUACUACUAUAUCUCCAAACCUUUGCACCACCAUGGCCAAGAGUGCCUGAGGCUGAGGGUGGACGUCAUAGCUGCAGAUGGCUCUCAAGAGGCCAGAGUGGCUAAAGGGGGUACAGGUGGGACUGCAGUUGGAGCCGGUGGCGGGGUUCACAACCCAUCCAACAGGCUGCCUGCAGCAGAUGACCCGGUGGUUAUCCUGCCAGAUGUUCAGAAGAGUGUACGGACAAACUCUGCAGCGGCAGCUACAUCCCUCUCAAUCCUCUCAGUGCUAGUCCCAUUUUCGUUACUGUUUUUGUUGCACUGAGAAUACAUAAAAAGGAUUUCUGUUGGCAGACUUUUUUGGGGU